UGCUGUCGCGCGUGUCCAAGUAAAAAAUCCGCAGGCUGAGAGAAUCGAUCGUUAAUAAUAAUUAAAGACGACGUAACGACUCCGUGUACCUGCAGUGAGGAGAGAAAUGCAAUCGCGGAUCGGCGCUUCAUUUGACAGCCAGUCGCCGCCGCAUUUCAUCGCGAGAAUGCUCGUUCUCGCGAUCGUCUGCGGCGGAUUCCUCCUGGGACAAAUCGACGCGCAGUAUCACGACGAUCCCGAUCACAUAGUCUUCCCCGGACCAGUCGGCUCGAGAUCGAGGGACAGGGCCUUCGAUAAUGAGCCCGCGGGGGGUUCGACAGAUGACAGUGAUACGCCGAUAUCGCUUGAUUUAGCGAAUAGAUUAAAUUCGAUAGAUUCGUUGGAGCAGUUUAUGCAGCUUCUUCACGAUGUUCCAGAGAACGAAAAGGGUAUCACGUUUGCCAAUAGAUUCGGAGGCGAGGAACGAUCAAACGCAUUGAUGCCGACACCAGCCAAGUGCAUGCCCGAGCUGCAACUCGUUUCUCUAAAACUGGACGACGAUCCUUCGACGUUCGUUUUCCCACUCUGCACACGGAUUAAAAGAUGCGGUGGUUGUUGCAUUAGUCCUCUGCUCUCGUGUCAGCCAACAGCUACGGAGAUGCGGAACUUCGAGGUGAUCGUGACGUCGUUGACCGAUAUGAACUACGGAGGACGACAAAUUGUGCCGGUGGAGGAACACACUAAAUGCAAGUGCGAUUGCAAAAUCAAAGAAGAGCACUGCAACGAUAAGCAACAUUAUGAGCCGCACAACUGCAAGUGCGCCUGCAAUAACGGGGAUGAGCAGGAAAAGUGUCAUAAGAACAACGACACGAAGAUCUGGAACUCGACCCUCUGCAUUUGCACGUGUAGGACCAUCGAGCCAUGCACCACCGGAUACUACUUCAACCCCAACACGUGCAGAUGUGGACCGAUAAUGUGGUCUAGACCAGUAAACAGGUUCGCACCAACGAAUUACAAUUUCACUAAUCGUCGACCAGAAAACAGACGGCCAGUGAUAAUUCCUUUAGACUCGUCAGAUCCCAGAAGAAAACACAAGGAGGAUCCCGAAUACAAGUGACAAGAAUUCAGACAAACACACGACGGAUUACAAGACUGCUAAAACAAAUCUAUAGUUACUUUAUUAUAUAGAGACGAGAGCCCUCGGUAAUUUUACACCUGAGAACUAAAAAAGUUGAAUAUUCUCAAUUUUAUAAUUUUAUG